AGGUUGCUGGGUUACAAGACGGUAUCAUUGCAUUAUAGUUUCCGUAGCAACCUGAAUACUAAAGCAUAUUCCCCUGCAGUAGGCAAAGGAGUUCACUGGCUGUUUUUGACUAUACCAGACAGAAAACGUGACUGCUUAUGGGCAAAGCUAUACCAUGGAAUGCAGAAGGUAAGGACUACUAAAGUUAUUAUUAUUAUUUUUUUUGCAUUUUUUAAAAUGUGUUUUUUUGGUUUUUUUUUAAAUGACAGUGUUUCAUGCUACACAGUGUGGUAGAACUGCAAGCAGAAAAUGUCUCGAGUAAUAGAAACACAAUUAGUCACAAAAAAGUCAGUUUGGGUUUGCAGUGCCCCUGUAACUGUGAGGGAGAGGCAACUAGUUUGUAAGAGUUAAUUACUGAAGUUUAAACCCAAAAGCCAUCUUUAGUGCUUAUUUCUGCUAUAAUUAAAGCACCUAGAUUUCCUAAAUUGCCCCUUUAGCUGCUUGCUAAACAAUACGUUUUGUCCAUAUAUUUUAUUUCAAUUGAACAACAGUAUAUGUCUUCAUGUUACAAAAAAAAGGGGACAUGGGCUAAUCCCCUCCAUGCUGCAAUAUUAUUAUUGUUAGUCCACUAAGAAAGCUACCCCUUCUUAAGGGACUUAUUCACUAAAUCAUUAAAUAAAAUAUUUAGGCUAGCAUAGCCAAGUUUGCAAUAAACCUGAUUUUGGGAAUAUUGCCUGCUUAGCUAUUUAGUUUAAAAUUGGGGAAUUUUAUAUUCCUUUCACCAAAAUUCUUUGUUUUGUGAAUAAACCCCAACAUGCACCACCAGGGUAAAUAAAAUAAGCUAACCAAAGCAGAUCUGUCAACUGAAAAGUUAUACAUUGGAAGUAAAAAUAUAUUUUUUUAAAUUACCCACUAUUUGGGUAAUGCACAAAAAUUAGAUAUAAUGUUAAUGCAAAGAGUUUAUUUAGCUGCACAACUCUUUCUGUAGCGAUUAUGAGAACCACUUGUGACCAAGAAGAGGCUCCACCAAUCAGAUACCUGUUUUUUAUUUUUUUUUUAUUUUUUUUUAACUGGUAACUAUACAAUUUGACAAUUGAGAUAUAAGGACAUGACAUGGAUAGCCUUUGCUAAUUUUUUGUUGGAGUUAUAGGAGAGUAAAUGAAGUGAGUAGCAUAAAUGCAUGGCUUAGAAAUCAGCAUUCCCCCCCCCCCCCAACACCUCUUCCCCCCUCUCCCCCCAACAGGUUACAAAUGGAUGGAUGGUUUACAUGAGUUUAUAGAAACAUAGAAACAUAGAAACAUAGAAUGUGACGGCAGAUAAGAACCAUUCGGCCCAUCUAGUCUGCCCAAUUUUCUAAAUACUUUCAUUAGUCCCUAGUCUUAUCUUAUAGUUAGGAUAGCCUUAUGCCUAUCCCACGCAUGCUUAAACUCCUUUACUGUGUUAACCUCUACCACUUCAGCUGGAAAGCUAUUCCAUGCAUCCACUACUCUCUCAGUAAAGUAAUACUUCCUGAUAUUAUUUUUAAACCUUUGUCCCUCUAAUUUAAGACUAUGUCCUCUUGUUGUGGUAGUUUUUCUUCUUUUAAAUAUAGUCUCCUCCUUUACUGUGUUGAUUCCCUUUAUAUAUUUAAAUGUUUCUAUCAUAUCCCCCCUGUCUCGUCUUUCCUCCAAGCUAUACAUGUUAAGAUCCUUUAACCUUUCCUGGUAAGUUUUAUCCCGCAAUCCAUGAACCAGUUUAGUAGCCCUUCUCUGAACCCUCUCUAAGGUAUCAAUAUCCUUCUGAAGAUACGGUCUCCAGUACUGAGUACAAUACUCCAAGUGAGGUCUCACCAGUGUUCUGUACAAUGGCAUGAGCACUUCCCUCUUUCUACUGCUAAUACCUCUCCCUAUACAACCAAGCAUUCUGCUAGCAUUUCCUGCUGCUCUAUUACAUUGUCUGCCUACCUUUAAGUCAUCAGAAAUAAUCACCCCUAAAUCCCUUUCCUCAUAUGUUGAGGUUAGGACUCUAUCAAAUAUUCUGUACUCUGCCCUUGGGUUUUUACAUCCAAGAUGCAUUAUCUCUCAUUAUCCACAUUAAAUGUCAGUUGCCACAAUUCGGACCAUUUUUCUAGUUUACCUAAAUCAUUUGUCAUUUGGCUUAUCCCUCCUGGAACAUCAACCCUGUUACAUAUCUUAGUAUCAUCAGCAAAAAGACAUACCUUACCAUCAAGACUUCUGCAAUAUCACUAAUAAAAAUAUUAAAGAGAAUGGGUCCAAGUACAGAUCCCUGAGGUACCCCACUGGUGACAAGUCCAAGCUUUGAAUAUAUUCCAUUAACUACAACCCUCUGUUGCCUGUCACUCAGCCACUACCUUACCCAUUCAACAAUAUUUGAAUCCAAACUUAAAGAUAGCAGUUUAUUGAUAAGCCUUCUAUGUGCAACAGUGUCAAAAGCCUUACUGAAAUCCAGGUAAGCAAUGUCUACUGCACCACCCUGAUCUAUAAUUUUAGUUACCCAAUCAAAAAAAAAAGAUUAGUUUGGCAUGAUCUCCCUGAAGUAAACCCAUGUUGUCUCUGAUCUUGAAAUCCAUGUGUUUUUAGAUGUUCAACAAUCCUAUCCUUUAACAUGGUUUCCAUCACUUUCCCCACUACUGAAGUAAGGCUUACUGGCCUAUAGUUGCCCGACUCCUCCCUAUUACCUUUCUUGUAAAUGGGCACAACAUUCGCUAACUUCCAAUCUUCUGGGACUACUCCUGUUAACAGAGUGACUUCUUGAUAAGUGUGAUCAACAGAAGUACUGCCGAGACACCAUGCUAGAAAUAGGUAGGUAUUUCUGAUAUUAGCCGACUCCCUCUAGGGGUUGAACACAGUCCCACCAUAGGUGCACCGGUAGUAGGCUCACUUUCCCAUUCGAGUAGUGGUGUGUGGUAACCGGGGGGCAGUCGGGCAAGCCCCGUAUGGUCAGCAGUGGUCCCAAGUCCCCUUCUUGAUUUGUGGUGCAAUCUCACCACGUGUCAUGAGUCUCUGUCGACACAUCACUUGGGCCCAAGCAUGGAAGGGGUCACUCUCCGUCGCAAGUCCACUCACUCUGCAUGUGGGGUCCCAUGCAUGCCUUGAGCUGUAACCAGAAGGAAUUGAAAAGCUUGUUGAGGUGUUGCAGGAUAUCAUAAGUACCUCCUCCUGCAUCGGGGGACCAUGGCGUCCGCAGAGUAAAGGAGCCUCUGGGGAGUAGACCAGGAUCACCCCCACUGGUCCAGAUGGGGGUAGGAACGGGGUGCUCACUUGCAGCUCAAGUGGGGCACAGGUUGGCUACUUCUCCACUCACCCACAUUUACUAGGCAGCCAAAUCAGCUCACAGCACUUCGUCAGCGUGGACACCCGAAGACAUCAGAACACGCGUAGGUUUCACCCCAAUCGGUCCAGGAGCCCUUCAUAGGCAGCUAGGAUCAUCAAUCAAAGUGUAAUCUGUAGUAAAGAAUAGUGUAAGUGCCAGAGCUCACACAUGUUGCGACUGUCCGGCUUGGCAGCCAGGCCCUGCCCCCAGACACCUGUAUUUUGCCUGAAUGCGGUCUGAUCUUAUGUUCCUUGUAAAAAGUCUGUGUGUCACUUGGAGGUGGUACAGCUGCAAAAUCCAGUGCCUAGUAAAAUACUUAUUUUCUAUACCUUUAAUGCUAUGGAUAUAACUGUACGAUUACUUUUUUUUUAAUGUUAUACCUAUGGCAGGGGUGCACCUUCAAUCCCAGAGGCCCCCAAAAAACUGAGUUCUAUAGUACAUAAUGUCCAAUAGUAUCAUUAUCAUUGUCCAAUAAGUUGUCACAAGUGCUUGUUUCAGAGCACAAAAAGCCCUUCGCCAGGGCAGAGAAUCACAGCAGAUAGGAAAUGAGAAAUUAAGAAUCACAGAUGAAAAGAUAAAAUUAAUUGACAGGAUCAGUUAAAACUGAUGGGAGCCGAAUCUAAACUGAUACUUGAAUAGUAGGAAAAACAUUUUCUGUACAUAGAGGAGAGCAGACUAGGAGCCUGAUGGACACAUUGGUGGUUAUGUUCUGAGAAUUUGCAUUGUGAAUGAGUAGGAGAAUGAUCUAGUAGAAGAGAUGGGAAAUCACAUGGAGGAUAAAAAAAAGGUAACCAACAGAAUGAAGGAACUGUUUUGAUAUAAGGAAGAAAACAAGAGAAGUUUAAAAGUGGAUCUCAUAUGGAAGGAGGCAGUUUAUGGAAAGUGAGUGUGUGUGUGUGUAUGUGUGUGUAUGUCAAAAAUGGAAGGGAGUAUGUGUGCUGAUGUAGAGAGUCGAGUAAAAUGAUACAUGAAGAGGACACUAAUUUGAUAUAGUGCAGGAAGGAUUGGGAAAACAAAUGGGAGAGGCAUGAACCUUUAUGGUAUACGUGGGAAGUGAAGUAACAAAGAGGGAAGGAGGAAGGACUAAUAAGAUAGUAAUAGACUAAAUAACAACUACUUUGGAAUUAUUAGUUCUGUUGCUUGAUUUCUGCAUAUCAUUUAGCAUUCAGGCUCGAAAAUAAGUGCCACCACUUGUCUGAAAACUCAUAUUAUAUAUAUGCAUUUAAUGUUUAUGUUAUACAAAAUAAAGUAAUUUUUCUGUUUGCCUAUUAUAUUUCAGAAAGAAAUCAAAGUAUGAAGUUUAAAUGAAAGAAACGUUUUUUGAGCAAUUACAGUUCUCUAAAGCUGAAAACAGAAAAAAAUGGAAAAUACUUAUUCUUCCAGUAACUUAUGAUAUAUUGUUCAAAGUAAAAUGAAAUUUCAAACUGUAAUAUAAACACAGGAACAAAUUAAAAAAAAAAAAAAAAACUGAGAAAAAAAAACAUUAAAAUAGUCUGGUGCGGGUUUACACUUUUAAUGUAUUCAAUGUCCAAAAGUGAAUGCCAGAGUGAGUGUGUAAAGUUAGCAAAUGCGCCAAGCAGUUUCUCAUUUAAACGUCAUCCAAGAACCAUUAGACCAGAAACGGCUAUCCUAGCUAAAAGAUCAACCUCACAAAAUAUGUCCCAGGGUCAGCAAAACAGACCGGUUAUUCCUCCAAGAAGGCUAGCAUUUAAAGUGUGCUACAUUUGUGGAAGAGAAUUUGGGUCAAAAUCUAUUGCUAUUCAUGAGCCCAAGUGUCUUGAGAAAUGGCAGACAGAAAAUGAAAACUUACCAAAGCAUUUGAGAAGACCAGUCCCAACUAAACCUCAGACUUCUACUGAUGGGGCAGACACCGAUGAUAAUGAAGCAGCCUGGCUUAGUUCCCAGGCACAACUUUUGCCCUGUGGGAACUGUGGUCGUACAUUCCUUCCGGAACGACUCAUUGUGCACCAAAAGGGUUGCAAGCCAAACAGUAAGAACUUGGGCUCCUUAAACUCCACAGCUAGCACGACAUUAACAAAUUCCAAAAUGAUGACAGAAUCUACAGCAACUAGUGAAUCUUACAAUGCCAAGAGCUCUCACAGCUCAAUGCCAAAAACCUUAAUUUGCUACAUAUGUGGAAGGGAGUUUGGCACUAAAUCUCUCCCUAUACACGAACCAAAAUGUCUUGAGAAAUGGAAAAUAGAGAAUGACAAGUUACCUAAAGGACAAAGGAGACCUAUGCCUCAGAAGCCUCAGCUUGAAACCUCUAGAGGAAGAAGCCAAAAAGAGCAAAAUGAAGCAGCGUGGCAGAGUUUUAAGGGCCAGCUAUUAGUAUGCUCUAAUUGUGGUCGGUCAUUUGCAAGUGACAGACUUGAGGUCCACCAGAGGAGCUGCAAGACUAAAGCCACAAGUUCAAAUAUCAAAAAUUUAAGUACAAAUAAACAAGCACAAAAUAAGGAAACCCUGGAAAACACGACAGAUAAGGUAAUAAUCAGAGAUAACUUCCUGGCUAUCUGUGAAUUAAUAGGCAUUCUACAAAUGAUCACUGACAUGUUACACAAACAAAUUCUUUAAUUUUUUCAAUAUACAUGGCCAUUUGAGUGGUAAUUUGCAAAGAAGUUUGUAGGGUAUUGAGUAAAGAAAAUUAAAUAUGUUUUUAUUUAAUUAAAUAUCCUGUGGUCUGGAACCAAUAGUUUUACAUUACUUCGUGUUUAAACAGAAAUAUUAACUGAGAGUUGUAUAAUGUUUUAAGAAAUCAUACCUGAGGCUUACAAAGUAACUGUGAUGGAAGCCAAGUUAGAGAAUUUUCAAAUUAGUUUUUUUGCCGUAAAAUUUUGCAUUCACUGGAAUCCAUUGUUUAGAAAGAAAAAGUCCAGAAUAAAUUAUUAUAAGAUAUAAGGUUUGGAUGCAAAAUUCAGAGACAACUUUAAAUUGAUAGCGUCUUUGCCUCCUUUGACCUAACAUUAGUGGUCCCAUGAAAGCAGUUGAGUCAGCAACCUUGAGAUUCAUGGCAGUCUAACAAAUCCUCCAGUGCCUCAAAACCUAUUUUUACCUGUUCCUCCCCUGGUAUUUACAUUAUUAUAUUGUCAUGCCUACAGUCAGUGCCAGAGUGGGAAUACAAAGCAGCCCUGGAAAAAAUGUAUGCCCUAUAAGUCAUUAUGCUACAAUUUGUGUGUGUGUGUAUGGAUGUAUGUAUGUAUAUAUAAGUCAUAUGUAUUUAUAUAUACCUUAUAUAUAUUACAUCAUAUAGUCAUUGUGCAACAUAUUGUGUGUUGUGUAUGUAUAUAUGUAUAUGUAUAUAUAAGUCAUAUGUGUAUAUAUAUAUGUAUAUGUUAUAUAUAUAUUACAUUUAUAAUUGUUAUGUUUCUUUUUUUAAUUCAAAAUAUUGGAAGGGGAAAAAAGUGAAAUUAUACAGUAACCAUAUUUAUUCAUGUAGGCAAAGACAAUUUCACUGGCCCUGAUACACAGGCUCACAGACAGACAAUCUCACUGGCACAUAUACGCUCCCUGACACAAAAGCACAAGCAACACAAGCUCACUGAUACACACAAAUAGGCUCACUGACAGGCAAUCUCACUAACACAAGAUCUCUGUCACACUGGCAAGCUUACUGGUAUACACACACACACACACUUAGUACAUAGAAACAGUCUGACACACAGAUACAAGCUUACUACAGACAAACUCACUGUCACACACACACACAUGCUCACUACAGAUAAGCUCACUAACACAGAUACAUUUGCUCACUGACACACACAUGUUCACUACAGACAAACUCACUGACAUAAAUUACAUGCAACUCAAAGAAACCAGAAACAAGUUCCAGGCCUUACAACUGCAACACACAGAAAGGUAAUAUAGAAAACUGAAGCUCCAAGAUUACACACAAAGAAACAGAGUGGGAAGACUUCUGAUAAGUAAGCUAUGAGCAAGGCAAGCAGAAAAGCACAAUUCCCUUUAUACAAGACAAGGACGGAUUGAAAUGUAUUAAUCCAGCCAAAACAGUGGAAGUGUUUAUCUUCUAUAGCUCUUUAUAUAAUAUCCACUCUGACUACAACACUUACUCUCCUGACCCGCAAGAACUUGAAAACUUUUUAAAGGCAGUUUUUGUCACAAAAAAAUAGUCAAAAGUCCGCCCAGUUUGAUCUCACAUUUAUGGAGAAAGAAAUUAAAAAAGCCAUUACACCCCUUCAAGCACACAAAGAGCUGCGUCAAGAUGGCCUCCUAAAUUUGUACUAUAAGUCAUUGGCCAAAAUGCUAGUUCCCCAUCUAACUAAUCUUUUAUAACUCAUUUCAGAAUACAGGAGUCAUUCCUUAAGACAUGUUAGAGGCUCAAAUAAUUACUAUACCCAAACCUGGCAAACCCUCCACAGCGUGCACCAACUUUAGGCCCAUAUCUCUGCUCAACACAGAUGAGAAACUGUAUGCCAAGAUACUAGCCUCUAGAUUAAAUACACUUGUAAUGAUAUGGCCCUGACUUCUCUGGCACUGAAGUGUACCAGUUCAGGCAUGCUAUCGUCCGUGGGUUUCUUUUACCUAACCUGCACCAUUAACUGCUGCACUAAAUGCUAGGACUCAGCUUUGGUAGCAUAUCCAUUGGCAAUGCAGAAUAUACUGCACUGGUAUAUGGUUACUAUAGAAUAUUCUAUCUAUCUAGUCCUCUGGAAAUACUCUAUGAGUAACUACUAUAUAGAGGACAAUAAAUAGCAAUAUACCUGUUAGACUUCAAGGAAGAGACAAACAAGCUUCUUCUUGGCAACUCAAAAGAGACCGUUUAUUGUAGAAACAUCCAGCUUACAUAGAUCACAGCAUACAGUAAAAAAAAAACAUUGCACAAACAUUUACACUAAUGGGAAUACAAAACUGGGCUGGGCAAACAGAACACAAAGGAAAGCUUUGGUUGCAAAGUCAUUUAUUACAAUAGUUAUUCCUCUCCUGUGCAAGUCCACCCUGAACAUAAUAGGUUAUCUUGCUCAGCCAGGAAGAUAUCUGGACCCACUCUCCCUUCAGAUAAAUACCUGAUUACAUUAACACCCUUUGCUGUAGUAAAUAACAUGUAAUUACAAGUAUAGACUUGCCGACUCCAACUUGGAGGUCACUUACAGUACAGAAUUUAAUUUAAUUAACCUACAAAUACAUUUUAAUCUAGCAAUAUAACACAUCACCUGGCUAUACUUUAUGCUUGCAUAGAGAGCUGCUGUCUGUACAUAGACACAAACACAGCUCUGUGCAUAAUACAGGCGCACUCAAUACAGAGAUAACUAUGUACAUUUUAAACAGUAUCUCAUAGCAUUCUUUCUGUUGGCCUGACAUAAUACCAUGAGGUGACACCAAAAUGGCUCUGCUAGCUUACAAGCUUUGUUCCACAAAGGCAAUAGUCAGAUAACACCAGAUGAGUUCUGGACCUCAUAGAAAUAAUACAAAGUACCCUUGUGACUCUAUAAAACAAAAAUGCCUUCAAGAUACUCAAAUGGCUAUACACGACCAAAGUCCUCAAAAAUAUGACUUUUCAUAGUCUUACCUAUAAGCUAUUCUAGCCUUAUACUCCUCUUACUAAACUCAGGUUUCCUAUCAGACCUCUUAGAGGUUACAAAUGAUACAAGACAAGGAUGUCCACUAUCUCUGCUUAUCUUUGCCCUAACCCUGGAGCCACUAGUGUAUAAAAUUAAAACAUAUCCUGAAAUAUCAUGUAUACCCACAUCUCUAAGCCCACAGAUAGUGUAUUUGCACAUGACAUUCCUACUAACUCUAUGAAAACCAUAUAAUAUGAGAUACAUCCAUACUCCUGAAGAAUCAAUCCCUGCGAUGUUGACAAUCCUGCAGGAGUAUGGACAUAUCUCAUUUGAAUACUACUACCAACUUUUACAUUCACAAUUUCAGUUUUGUCUUCCAUUGCUAAAAGUUUAAAUACACUUUGAGUUCUCAAAUAUUCACACUUUAGUGAAUAAUUCUGAAUGUGUAAGAUCCUGUUGAAUAAAGUAUUUAAACAUUAGGCAAAGUUGAAUUUAUUUAAAAAAUCCCUAGUGUAUGUGUACCAAAAUUCAGUUUUAAUAUAUAGUUACAUCAUUAUAUAGCUGAAACAAGAUAUGCAUUCAUUAAGUUCAGCCUUGCUCACAUUCGUUUUUGCUGUUGAUCCAAAAGAAUGCAAAAAAAAAUAAAGUUUGAAGUGCUUCCAAUUUUGUAACAAACUUGGGAAAAAUCUUUCUUGACCCUAGAAUAGAAGUCAGAUAUCUUCUUUGAUCAAAAAUCUAUUAUCCUAAUAAUAAAAAAUUAUAUUCCUGAAUAUUAUGUUUUUGCAAAUAUUUAUUAAAUUGCUGUUUAGACAUCUGUACAGACUCUGAUAAAAAAAAAAAAAACAUCUCUUCAGGCAGAGAAUUCCACAUCCUUAAUGACAUUCAAAAUGUACUAUUUGGAUAUUCUGAGGCCACCUGUUAGAAACUGCUUUAUAAACAAAUAGUACUCUGAGUGUGCUGAAUUCUCCUUUCUGAUAAGUGGUUAUGGUACAGUUAUUCUCAAUUGGAAUACACGGGGUGCCAGGGACUAUUAGACUAAUAAAAUUUGUUACUGUGUUGGUGAUAGAUUCAUCUAUUGUCAAGCUUAACUAAUUUCUCUAUAUUCUUUCUAUACAGGCAAAACUGUUGACACUGUGCACACGUCUUGUGUGAAAAUUCUACUACCUUCUUGAGGGAUGUCCUUUUCUUUCCUCACUUAUUCUGAACUCUUUCAAUCCCACCUAAUAAGCUUCCAGACUUAGCAUGGCUCUGCUCCUAACCUAGAAAUACCAGUAAUAGUUAUUUUCCUUGUUCAGGCUUCUUUAUAACUGCUGCUUUCUCCAAAUCCAAAGACUCUCUGGAUUUCUGAUCACAGCAAUGUAGAUCUGACCUCUUUUUUAUCUACAUGAUUUUAAAACAGCUAACACAUAAUACACCAAUUAUUCUAGCUCACGUCGUACCUUACCAUGCAUGCUAUCUGUAUAAGGACCUUUGAAGAAAUAAAAACUACACAAAUAUUUUAGACCAGUUUGUGUCGUAGUGACCAUAUUUAAAUCUGGGAAACACAUACAGACAUUCUGGUUCCUAAAGAGUUUUAUUGAUAGUAGCUCCAGUAUAUAUAUUAAAGGGACACUAUAGUCACCUGAACAACUUUAGCUUAAUGAAGCAGUUUUGGUGUAUAGAACAUGCCCCUGCAGCCUCACUACUCAAUCCUCUGCCAUUUAGGAGUUAAAUCCCUUUGUUUAUGAACCCUAGUCACACCUCCCUGCAUGUGACUUGCACAGCCUUCCAUAAACACUUCCUGUAAAGAGAGCCCUAUUUAGGCUUUCUUUAUUGCAAGUUCUGUUUAAUUAAGAUUUUCUUAUCCCCUGCUAUGUUAAUAGCUUGCUAGACCCUGCAAGAGCCUCCUGUAUGUGAUUAAAGUUCAAUUUAGAGAUUGAGAUACAAUUAUUUAAGGUAAAUUACAUCUGUUUGAAAGUGAAAUUAGUUUUUUUUUUUUUUCAUGCAGGUUCUGUCAAUCAUAACCAGGGGAGGUGUGGCUAGGGCUGCAUAAACAGAAACAAAGUGAUUUAACUCCUAAAUGACAGUGAAUUGAGCAGUGAAAUUGCAGGGGAAUGAUCUAUACACUAAAACUGCUUUAUUUAGUAAUUUAGGUGACUAUAGUGUUCCUUUAACCCCUUAAGGACACAUGACAUGUGUGACAUGUCACGAUUCCCUUUUAUUCCAGAAGUUUGGACCUUAAGGGGUUAAGGGUCGUAAAAUGCAGACCUGGAAUACUACUCUGAUAAAUUGCUAUUAGUCACUUUCAAGCAGAGACCUAUGGAAGUUGUAAUGAUAGCAGAUAUACCACAGAUAUAAACAUUGUCUCUCUCAACAAUGGACUCUUUUCUCCUUUAGCAUUUUGUUCCAGAGCCAAGACACUGCUUUUUGGGUAGCUCAAGCUUAUAAAUCUGUUCAUACAGCUAAAUUGUUCUUUCUUUUAUUUCUUAGCUCAUAGUCUAAUCCAGAAAAGGCUACAAAUUUUCAUAAACACAAGCACACACACUUUUCAUGCCAUUAACGGAAUAUUGGCAUGCAUUAUUGUUUUUUCCAUUACUUGAACUUGAAGUACAAAAAUGAGCUUAGUUUGAUUUAUGAUUAAGCACUUGUGCCUUUUGGUUCUUUAAACACCUUUUUAUAUUUUCCUUUUUGGUAGAUGUUUGUGUGGCAAACCUAGCCACUUUAGGUCAUAUUGCAGAACAUUUAAAGGUUGUCUGAAAUAGCUGUGUUAACCUGGUGUAAAAAUGUAUUUGUGUGUUUUAGAACAGAGAGCAUGCAUAGGCUAACAGCCGUGAAUAAAAUUGUCAGUUGACUCCUGGAGCCAUGAAUAAAAUUGUCAGUUGACUCCCUGAACUGUGUUUUGUCCAGUUACUGGGGGAUUUGGGAUAUUGCCUUCUCUUCCAGCGCUUUACUUUGGAUUACCUUCUAUACCAGCGGAGAUCUUGUGAUUUAAUUUUGCAGCUCCGCUACAAUUGGUGGCAAGCGACGGGAUCCAACCUUACAGCCGAAAAGCGGUAUUCGGGUAAUUGAAACUACCGAACAGGAAAGUGAAUGGCAAUUCGGAUACAACAAAGAACCGAACACAGAGGUGAAUGGAGACAGACUACACUGCACUGAAACGGGAGACGUUAAAGGAACUAUUGGAAGACAUGGGUAAUAUAGCCAGCAAUAAGCCAAAAGCUGUGCUGAUUGCUGAAUUGAUGGAGGGAGGGAGAGCUCGCAGCGUUACACCUCCACCAGCCAUGGAAGAAACCCCCUUCCAAAGGGAAAUGAGGACCAGGAUGGAAUUUUUACCCCAGUCAGUACCCCUGGAAAUACUGACAGUACUGAUGGCGGAUGUGCAGGAGUAUGUGAUGGCACACAGACCGCAGGAUGCUCCUCCCAGAGCAGAGUCUAUAACUGCUUCAGUCGUCAGCCAGGUAAAGCCUAAGAUCCCAUACCAUGCAUUUAAAAUGUUCUGUGAAGAGAAAGAUGAGAUUGAUGGGUAUCUACAAGACUUUGAGAGGCUAUGUGACUUGCAUGAUUUGGAGCAGGCAGUGUGGGUACCUUUACUGGCAGGCAAACUGUCAGGUCGGGUGACCGAAGCCUAUCGGGCUGUACCCAGGGAGGACAGUAAAGAUUAUGCCCGGGUAAAACAGGCUAUACUGGAAAGAUACGCCAUUACCCCAGAGGCAUACUGGCGCAAGUUUCGAGGGUUGCGCAAACCAGAGGAAGAUUCCCAUGCAGAGUGGGCCCACAAACUGGACCAAGCCUCCCAGGGGUGGAUACAAGCCAGUCAAGCAACCACCAUGGAGGAGUUACGGCAAUUGCUGCUGUUAGAACAGUUUUUCAAUGGCCUGUCCCCGGAGGCACAGGAAUGGGUGAGAGAUAGAAAACCCCUCACCCUAACAGAAGCUGCAAGACUAGCAGACCAGCACUAUGACGCCAGGAGGCAUCACUGUAACCUCAACCGAGGGUACCCUCGACCCACAGCUCAACCUCAUACAGCUACCCCUACUGUACCUACAGCAAACCCAUUCCGGCCAACCCCGGGGGGGCACACUCCACCAUUUAGGUAUAAUGGCAGAGUGAAUAUACAGUGCCAUACGUGCAAACAAUGGGGCCAGAUGGCGAGAGAGUGUACCCAGAACCGGAAACGCCAAGCAUGGAGCCAGGUAUGGCAGAAUCCAGCACCAAGAGCAGCCGCCCACCACUACCAAGCAGAGCCAGCAACCCAGGAGAUACUUUUUAAUCAGACCGAAGAGCCCCUGGGGAUACUACAUGAUGUGAUGUCGGUACAAGCCACAGACAACAGGCAACACCAUCGCCAGCAAGUAAUCCUGGAAGGGAAAGAGGUCCAAGGGCUCCGGGAUUCAGGAGCCACUCUGACUCUGGUAGCCCCUCAUUUGGUUCCAGACUCCGCACACACCGGCGGAUCUGUAGCAGUGCGAGUAGCAGGGGGAGCGGUAUACAGAUUACCCUCCGCAAAAGUACAUUUGAAUUGGGGUGUUGGGGAGGGCAUGGUAGAGGUGGGCCUGAUGCAGAAACUGCCAGCGGAUGUCGUAUUGGGAAACAACCUGGGUCGAAUGACUUCCGCCUUUAUUCCUCAAGCUCCACUCCAAGAGGCUCACCCAGUAACCACCAGGCAACAGGCUCGCACCACGGCUCCAGCAAUGCACUCUGAGGCUCAGGUAAAGGACAGGGACCCUCCUACGACCCGUGUUACCUGGAUGUAACGGAUCACCUGGCACCCCGACUGGGUACCUCCGUUAAAGGAUGCUCCUAGCACUUCCUGAGGACUCCAAGCACUGCAGCAGACACCAAAACCACCGAACCAUAGGAGCAUAUGAAUACUCUCAAGCAUAUGAAUGCUGUAGACAGUUGAAUAGGAACCAUACGAAUAGGUUUACCCUCCUAGUAGUCAAACUGGAACAGCAUACAAUAAAUCCUUCCCCCAAUAAUGAGACGACACUUCACUUUGAGGGUUAAAACAGGAACUCCCUGUACUGUCACAUUCAGUCUCUUUUAUUCCCAAUCCACAAACAUAGUACAGCCCACAGGGCGUUACAAAACAACCAAUCAAUCCGUACAAUACACCCAGACACUCCCACACAAAAUCCUCCCCUCUGCAGGUGAUAUGAUUACUGAACACAAUGGGUAAUCUCAUUAUCACCGGCAGAGGAAUACAGUUUUUACACAAUAUUUAUAACUUCUAAAAUAUACAUGUCACAAACAUAAAACAUAUAUUUUCAUAAUCAAUCCAUUCAGGGGAACAACAUAUUAAAAAAUGGCACGAAUCAGACCAGGGGUUCAAAAGUUAAGGGAAAGUCCUUUGUGACUAAAUGAAGCAUGGCUUUCCGGCCCAAACCAGUUUCAGAGUCUUCUAUCCUGGAGAUAAUUGAGAGUAAUUCAAUUAUCUCCCAGGACAGACACAAGACUCCAUUAAGCACAUGGUUGCAAAAAGACAAAACACUUUAAAAUACAUAAAGUCACCCUUUACACAUAAGACACAGACAUUUCACAUAUCCCCAGAUAGCUGGGAUCUGAGCGCACAAAACUACCGAAUAGCGCUCAGAUCCUAUUCACACAGUUCAAUUGCCAUGGAGCCGAAGUCUUUAACUACACGAAUGGGCCCCAUGGCAUAGCUAUCUGGGUUAACACAUUCACAUAAAGUCUGGUCCAUAGUCCAAAGGCAAGAGGCGGGCAAGCAGCCCCCUCCAAGGACACGUGGCGAGGCCGGUUUCGCCACAGAUACCCUGACUGAAUUUCUUAAAGGUUGCCUGAAAUAGCUGUGUUAACCUGGUGUAAAAAAUGUAUUUGUGUAUUUUAGAAUAGAGAGCAUGCAUAGGCUAACAGCCAUGAAAAAAAAAUUGUCAGUUGACUCCUGGAGCCGUGAAUAAAAUUUGUCAGUUGACUCCUGGAGCCGUGAAUAAAAUUGUCAGUUGACUCCCUGAACUGUGUUUCGUCCAGUUACUGGGGGAUUUGGGAUAUUGCCUUCUUUUCCAGCGCUUUACUUUUGAUUACCUUCUAUACCAGCGGAGAUCUUGGGAUUUAAUAUUGCAGCUCCGCUACAGUUUGUAUUUAUCAGAUACAAAAUUAAAUGUUUUAUCUGUCCUUACUUUUUUUUUUAUAUCUUUCAGUGUUUUUAUAUACAUAGAAUACUGUAUUAGCAAAACCUAAAAAUGCUCUUUGAAGCAAGAGAUUGUGUUGGAUCGUUCCAUAUCUCACCCUUAGUGGUAGAUCUGUCUGUAUUCAUGUAAAGAGGUUCUAAAGAAAUAUAACUAGAGAAAUUUUACUUAAAAAGUGAGGUGUUUUUUGAAAGAAAAAAAAGAAACAAUUUUUAACAUGCAAGUUAACAAAGAAAACAGGUUCAUUUCAAAUUAAUUUACAUUUGGCUGUUGGUAGCAAAAAGAAAAAUAUUCCAUACUCAAAUUUAAGCUGCUUUAAUAAAUUAUUUAUACACAGCAUCAUUUACCACAAAGCAUGUAUUCAUCAUACUUUGCAUCCUUUGAUCCCAGUUUGAUAUUUUUCUGCAUUAAGGAACACUCUAAUUAAUAUAAAAAAACGAUUUAUUUAUUUAUAAAGAUAGAAUCUGGAUCUUCCUCUUUCUGUUGUUGUCCUCCACCACUGUUAAGGAUAAAAAAACACCUAUAAAGGUAUCUUUUGUCCAGCACAGUCCUGAUCUCAGUGCUGCCCUUAGUCUUCUGAGAUCAUCUUGAUGAAUGAUCUUGGGCCAAUCAAUGCGUCUCAUGUAGUACACGUGCAAGUGUGCUCAGCCAAUCAGAUGCUUCUCAUUCUUUGUAUAUAGUGCUUCUCUAUGAGAAGCAUUCACAGUAUUCGGCCAAACAUAAAGACUUUCUGUUACUGAAAGUUUUCACUAGUAAGUGUCUUUAGAGGCAUUCUGACUGACACAUGUAAAUAUUGCGGCUUCUCACAAUUUAGGCAUUUGUCAGACUGCAGGGAUAGGGUCUAUGGACCAAAAGCACUACAUUAAAUUGUGGUGUUUUUGGUACUUACAUUGUCCCUUGAAGCUGACUCUCAAAAGCACCAUAACUGCUAAAGCUCCCUGUAGUGGUUAAAGUGCAAAUAAUUCAUGGACAACAUCUUCCCAGAUGUCAUUGUUUCUGAGCAAAUUAAUAAAUAUGAGGGCUUUUUGUGCACUGAAUCAUUAUGUAGUUUUAUUUCUUUUUCAAGAUGUGCAGAAUUUAAAACAUAUUACUGUAUAUGUAGAAGGUUUGUUUUAUAAUUAUUAUUUUUUUAUGAGCUAAUUUACAUUUUGAGUGAUCUAUUCUGCUUCUUCAGAAAGGACAGUAAGAUAAAGGUUCUGAUUUACGUUUAAAACACGGCAUAUUUUGAACAACGUUUUGUUGAUAAAGAACAUUAAUAUGUUAAAAACACGCCAGAGCUUGUUUAAGGAUUAUGUAAUGAAGUCAUUUUAUUUUGCAUUUUGAAAUACCCAGCAGUCUCUUUGCCAACAUGUGUUAUAUGAUCUUUUUCCUUUCAUAAUGCACGCUUUUCUUCUAUGCUUCAAAUGAACUUGACAGCUCUUGAGCUGUGUCCAGUAUAUGUAACUCCACAUGGGCAUUUCAAGACUUUAAUGGCUUUACUGGAAUCACAAGUAAAGAAAUUGUGUACUAAAUGUUAAGUUCCAAUUCCAGGGUAUAUAAUGUACUCUCUUUUGAUAAUCCUAGUUUAUUUUGUUGUUUAAAAAAUAAAACCUUCCAUUUAGCUUCACAAACUAUUGGCAGGCUGAAAUCCCAAAAACCACUUGUUUCUUGUAUCGGUUAUGGUACAAGAAGUUUUCUUACUGUUACUUAGAAGUAACAUGUGCAAGCUCUCUCAUAGCUUUCUAGGGGUAACAUGAGUUACAGUUGCAGCCACAAAAUGUUUAGUUUGCCAAAACGCAAUUCCCUAAAAUUAAUUUUGUACUUGAAAAUUAUACUCCUUCCAGUUCCAAACCAUCUGCAAAAGCUUUUUCUCUAGACUUCUGUUGCUCUGAUUUGGAGUGUAAGAACUAAUGCCCUAUCAUUUUAUUAACCUCUUCAUUACCACGUAACUUGUUUAAAAAAAAAAAAAACACCACCAUAAUCUAAGUAUUUGGGUGUCUGGAAAGUAGUAUUUAAAUGUACUUAGAUAGCACAAUAUAGUAGUGAUGGAAACAAAAAUGAAACAUUUUGCUUGUCAGCCACAACAUUAAAACCACCAGCCUAAUAUGGUGGCUUCUGUGGUGGACAGUGCAGGGGCGUACCUAGUGCAUUUGAAACCCGGGGUGGAUCCUUAUUUUGGCACCCCCCUCACCCCCCCUGUAAUCCACCCUCCAAAAUGCAAAAAAUACCCACAAUUUUUUUUAAAUGUUUUCUUUCUAUUUUUAUUUAUGUAUUGCACAUAUUUGUAAAAUUUGUAAACCUGACUACAAAACCCCUGUCGUGCCCCCUUUUACAAAACCUCUGCACCCCCCUUCCCCAAAUACCCUGUUCAGCCCCCCUUAUAGCUACCCUUGGAGUCUAAGUUGGAGAAGCAGAAAUUCCUUCUUUCCCUUUCCCUAGAUGAGCAGCAGAGACAGCAGCGGGUGGGUGUCGUGUUAAGCCCCGCCCCCUGUCAAAGUACAAAACCCCUGCCCCGUCUACAAAAUCCCUGCACCCCCACACACAUAUAGUCAAAUGCAGACAGUCACAGGCAGUCACACACACAGUCACAUUUAAACAGUUAUAGACAGUCACACUCAGUUGCAGUCAGACAGUCACACACGCAGUUAGAGGCAGACGGUAACAUAUACACAGUUACAUGCAGGCAGUCACACACACCCAGUUACGGGCAGCAUUACACAGUCACAGGCAGACUGUCAUAGGCAUACAGUUACACACACACACAGUUACUGGCAGACCAUCACACACAGUCACAGGCAGACAGUCACACACACAGUCACAGGCAGACAGACACACACGGUCACACACAGUCACACACACACACAGUCAUAUGCAACCAGUCACAUGCAGUCAGUCACACACACACACGUAGUCACAUGCAGCCAGUGUCAAGGAUAAAUCAUCCUUUAAUUAUGUUUUGAAUCCAGAAGAAUUGCUUCUAGCUUUAAUUGGGGUAGAUCAGCUUUAUACAGUAGAGGAUACGUGCUUGCAUUCAAGGAAAGGAAUGUUAGAAGAGACAUAUUUCUAAAUGUCAAAAGAUAAGCAGUUUACAGAAGUACUCCGGUGGGGGCUAGUUGUUGUAAGAAAGAGAACUGAAUGUAGGACACAGUUAAUUUACACAUAAAGCAUAUCAUGAUCCAAGUUAGCCAAUUUUAAUACAGACUGGACCAAAUGGCAUCUGUAACUUGAGCCUUGGAAUCAAGGUGCAUUUCUACACACACACACACACACACACACUCACAUGCAGCCAGUCACACACACACUCACACACCCACACUCUUUCUCUCACUUACUGAAGUCCCUCCCUGGAGUCUAAGUUAGGAAGCAGGGAUUCUUGCUUCCCCUAGAUGAGCAGCAGUAACGGCAGCAGGUGGGGGCUGUGUUAGGCUCCGCCCAUGCUGUCACUUGGCUCCAACUCUAUAUUUUAGCCCCUACUCCAAUUUCCUACCAUGGGGCCAGUGUGGUUUUGAAGUAAUUCAGCUGCCUGUCCCUUCGUGUGUGAGCUGUGUCGGCUGCCAUGGCGACCUGUGCGGCUGUACAGUUAACACAUCCUGAAGCCGGCCCUGGUCAUCAUGGCACCACCCUAGUGAGUGGCAUCCAGGGUGGACCACCCCACCUGCCCCCCUUAGUAUGCCAUGGGGACACGGGUCAUCAUGUACAUGCUGAUCAAUCUGUGGCUAUGCAGUCCUAUAAGCAGCAAACUGCAAUGCAUUGUGGGUACUGACACGUUUCUAUCCUGUCCUAUUGGGUUUUAUACCCCACCUCUUAUAGACUGUAAGCUCGUUUGAGCACGGUCCUCUUCAACCUAUCAUUCCUAUCAUUAUCAUUCCACUUGUGGUAGGUACUAAUUGCUGCAUAGCACGAACACUCCACAAAACUUGCCAUUUUGGAGAUGCUCUAGCCAUCACAAUUUGGCCCUUGUCAAAGUCAUUUAGGCUUUUCACUUGCCCAUUUUUCCUGCUUCCGAAACAUGAAGGCACCCAUCUAUAAAUUACCUUGGUGGUGGCAGCGUUAUAAAACAGCAAUAUUUAUAUUGUUAUAGUUAAGUGUGGGUGGUGAUAAGGGGGGAUUUUUAAAGAUUAUUUCUGGUCUAGUGCAGACAAAUAGUUAAGUUUAACCCUUUUACCACCAGAACCAAGCUGCGUGCAUGCUUGGAGUAGGGUGCAUUUGUGACAAAUCCCACUACCCCCACCAAGCCGGUGGGUGGGGGCCCUACUUAAUUAUAAAUUGGGGGAUGGACAUGCAAUUGUCUACCCCCUAAAUAAUAAUAAGUCCACCCUGAGUGGUAAGAGGUCCCCAAUCCUCUCGCCAUCCCCUAAAAUAAAGUCCCUACAUACCCCAUGAUCCAUCACAUUAAUAAUUGUGAAGAGGGGGCUAAAAAAAAUCUAAAACCUGUAAAAAAAAAAAAAAAAAUCAUCUUUUCUCCAGUCCCCAAAAAAAAGACAAAUAAAAGAUCCAUAAUUCCCAAAUCCACUAAUAAAAAUAAUAAAAGGCCCAAAUGCCAAAAUAUCAAGAAAAUAAAUAAAUAAAUAAAAACCUACCAGAACAAAAAAUAAUCAAUCUUCACCCCUGGUAGGCUCCCAGCAGAAUGAGUGCUCCCAGCUGGGAAGACCUUUUAUAGGCUACCCAUCCCAUGCCCAGUAUAUAUGAACCAGAACUCUCUGGUUGGUUGGCUAGUUAAUCAGAGCACUCUGACAGCCAAGUCUCACUUCUCUUGAACAAAUGUGUCUAACACAUUCAUACAUGCAGUAAUUGACAUUGAUGCAUGUUUACAGUAUAUCUUUGCUUUGGCUUUGGCUACAGAAUAUGUUUAGAAUCUAUGUGUGGCUCAGAAUAUAGCAACACCGCUUCUUUUUUCUCAGGAGACAUUCUCCCUCCGUAGUUCAUCUUCUUUAUCUGUAUAUUUGUAUGCAAGGCUGGAUUUCCCAUUAGGCAGAGUAGGCACCUGAAUACAGGUGCCCUACCACUAGGGGUGCCUGUUUUAAGCAUGUAUAAUAUGCCCUUUGGAGCUGAAAUAACCUUGUAAGAUAGAUAAGUACCAGGAGCAUUGGUCAUACCUUCUGUAGUUCAGUCAGCCUUAUAGUGGACCUGGAGGAACAGUUUUAAAGGGUGUAAAACUUAGUGCUGACAUUUGCCUAUUCUUUUAGGAUUGUAUUUAGCACUGAGCAGUAUUUGUGCGUUUGAUACAAAAACUGAGACACAUGCAGAUAUACAGAUGCACACACUGACACAUGCAGCUACACAGACAAACAGAUGCGCAUAUUGAUACACAUACAGGUAAACAGACAGACAUGCACACACUGACACACAUCCAUAUACAAAGACACACAGAUACACACACUGACACACAUACACAAACACACACACACACUAACACACAUACAGAUAAAAAAUACACACAUUGGCACACAUACAGAUACAAAGACACACAGAUACAAAGACAUACAGAUGCACACACUGACACACAUACAGAUCAGAUCAAUGAUGUUUUACAAAUGAGUGAUAUUUAAAUGAAGGCAGGCUAUAAUGUGACAAAGGUAGCAGAUUCUAAAUUCAGGGUCUAUGUAAGAAUGACAAGUGACCUAGCACAGAAAAAUUUAAAAAAAUAAAUCCACCACUGAAACACAUCCAGGUGCAUUAAAACGUGUACCAAGAGUCUUUGGUAAUUCCUACAGGCAAAUAACAUUCUAAAAAAGUCUGUUCUUUUUAUAUUAUGCUAUAGUCAACGUUUGUUUGAAAAUUUGAUGCAUGCUAAGACUGAUGUAUUAUGAUUUAUAAAACAGAACUUAUAUUUUCAGACCCCGGUGGUAAAACAGCCUCCAACUGUUGUCUGCUACAUCUGCGGACGUGAAUUUGGCACUAAAUCUAUCAGUAUCCACGAGCCUCAGUGCUUAAAAAAAUGGCAUCUGGAGAAUGAAAAAUUACCCAAGAAUUUACAACGACCUGAACCUAAAAAGCCAGAGGUUAGACCAAUUGGAGGUAUGAAUAAUGGCAACAAUUUUCAUUUCUUUGUCUGUUUGUCUUUCUGCUCAUCGACUAUAGGUCAUAAGUUAAUUUAAGUGCACAUGCAUGUUGCUCUGACAAAGACUAUUAAGUUCUACAUGAGAGAAAAAAAAUGGAUUAAGUGGAAUAUUUUGUCAAUUAUAAAAGGAAUAGUAUAUAGUAUAUAAAGAAAGCUUUAAAAUUAAGUUGAAAUGAACACUCUCACCCCCACAGAAAUUUCAGCUCAAUGACAUAGUUAUGGGGCAGCAGUGCAUGGACACUGUUAUCUUCAGUAGUUAAACCAAUUUUAUACCGGUAAACUACAAACAAGCUGAUCCCCAGCACCCAACAUUGCUGCCACUUUACUUCAUUCCUCUAGGCAAGUGAAUGGGAACCUAUGGCACGCAGGGCCCUCUCUGUGGGCAUGCGGUCAUAGGUUCGCCAUCAAUGCAGAGUAGGCACCUGCCUGCCCAAAACGACAGGUGCCUACUCUGCUAUCGUGUCCGGAGGACCGGAAGCAGGGGGAGGGAUCUUGGAAGCAGCUCUCCUGUCCUCCCGCGAGCAAUCUGUGUGGAGCGUUACCAUUAAGACAAUCGGGUGAUUGGAUGAAUUUGCAAACUGAGCAAAAAAGUACCCGAAUCAAACCAGCUGAACUGCACAAUAGCUGUUUAAUAUGUUAAUUCUUUGUUGAGCUUCUGAAUUCCACCCAUGGCGUAAAAAAAAAGAUUAUUGAUGGGUAAAAAAGAUUAUUGAUGGUUAGGAGACUAUCACUAAAUGCUGAUUUUAUUCACAGAUCAAAUAAUAAGAAAUAAGAAUUGAUAUAUCUAAUAAAUAUUUAUUAUAUAUAAAAUUAUAUCAAUAUCGAUUUUUUUUUUUUUACAUCUCCUCCUGUUUUUCCCUCUAUUUGUUACUCUGUCUCACUUGAUCUGUAAACAAAAAGUUGUUAUUAGAUUACUCAUAUAUUUUGCAGUACACUGAUGUCUGAUUCGGUUCCUGAACGCUGUUUCCAGUGCUGAAAUUCUGCCAAGCUGAAUCGACAUUUGGCAAGAAUUCAGGUGUCCCGAAAAAUGUUCUGUUUUCAAAAUAAUCUCUCAAUGCGCACAUGAAGUCAGCUCUCAGCCUAUCACUAUCUGCCCAUUGAGAGAAAUAGUGCCCAUACUCUCAAUGGUUGGUCCACAUAGGUAAAAUGGAGCCUUGACAAUAAUGCCCGGUAACAAUUUCACCGAAAUGAUGCUGUUAUGGGGGUGGUCAUGUUCCUUUAAAUCUAUCUCUGUGCUAUAGUGUUAGCAUUAUUCUGGAAUAAUAAUAUAGAGUCAUAAUUAUAAUAAUAUAGAGUCAGAAACAAAAAUAAGACGCACACACAAUGGCACUGAUAUUUCAUUUGUGGUAUAUUUUGCAGGAGUCACUGUACAUAGAAUGGACAUAUGGCUCCAUGGGUAUGAACUGUAUCUGGUUCUGUAUCAUAUUGUGGUGUAGUAAGACAUAUGACUAAGUCCUUAUCAGCCUAUUCAGGAGAAGAGUUAAGGCAAAUCCUUUGAUACCAUGACUGUUCAGAUAUAUUAUCUGACAUGAAGUGAUUAAAAUAAGAUACAAUCAGUGGCGUACAUAAAAAAAAAACUAGUGUUAGUGUUUGUGUGUGUGUGAGUGUUAGAGUGAGUGUUAGUGUGUGUGUCUGCUAGUGAGUGUUAGUGUGAGUGUUAGUGUGUGUGAGUGUGUGUGUGUGAGUGUUAGUGUGUGUGAGUGUUAGAGUGAGUGUUAGUGUGUGUGUCUGCUAGUGAGUGUUAGUGUGAGUGUCAGUGUGUGUGAGUGUCAGUGUGUGUGAGUGUUAGUGUGUGUGAGUGUUAGAGUGAGUGUUGGUGUGUGUCUGCUAGUGAGUGUUAGUGUGAGUGUCAGUGUGUGUUAGUGUGUGAGUGUUAGAGUGAGUGUUAGUGUGUGUGUCUGCUAAUGAGUGUUAGUGUGAGUGUUAGAGUGAGUGUUAGUGUGAGUGUUACUGAGUGUGUUACUGUGUGUGUCUUACUGAAUGUGUGUGUUAGUGAGUCUGUUUGAUGUCUGUUAGUGAGUGUGUGUUUGUCAAUGAGAGUGUAUGUUUUGUAAGUGAGUGUGUAUGUAUGUCUGUCGCUGACUGUGUCUCUGUCAGUAAAUGUGUGUGUCUGUUAGCUAGUGUGUAUGCGUCUGUAAGUGUGUGUGUGUGUGUGUGUGUCUUCAGCACUUACCUUUCUCUAAAACUGCUAUGUUUUCAGCUGCAAGGUUAAAACUAGAGGGACCUGACACCCAGACAACUUCAUUGAGCUGAUGUGAUCUGGGUGUCUGUAGUGGACCUUUAAAGGACCACUAUAGUGCCAGGAAAACAUAUUCCCUCAGGGACCCCCUCCCGCCCAGCUCUGGAAAGGGGAAAAGGGGUAAAACUUACCUUUUUCCAGAGCUGGGCGGAGAGCUCUCCUCCUCCGAUCCUUCUCUUCUCCUCCCCGUCGGCUGUAUGCGCACGCGCGGCAAGAGCUGCGCGCGCAUUCAGCCGGUCACAUAGGAAAGCAUUCAUAAUGCUUUCCUAUGGACGCUGGCGUGCUCUCACUGUGAAAAUCACAGUGAGAAGCACGCAAGCGCCUCUAGCGACUGUCAAUGAGACAGCCACUAGAGGAAAUAGGGGAAGGCUUAACCCAUUCAUAAACAUAGCAGUUUCUCUGAAACUGCUAUGUUUAUGAAAAAAUAGGUUAACCCUAGAAGGACCUGGCACCCAGACCACUUCAUUAAGCUGAAGUGGUCUGGGUGCCUAGAGUGGUCCUUUAAGUGUGUGUGCAUCUGCAUGCACUGGCGUACAUACCGUGGUCGCAGGGGUCGCAGCCCUGUAACCCCUGCGACCAGGUGCCCACCGCCAUGUGUUGUGGCCCGGCCCAUGCGCGGGGGGAGAGUGGGGGGGUCCACGGAUCAAUUUUCGCACCGGGGCCCCAUGGGUCAUGUGUACGCCACUGGAUACAAUAGUUUUUGACCUAGGUUUGGGGACCCCUGUCACAUCACACCAUUACAAAUGACCCUAUUCCCCUUUUUAUUGUGUCAGGAAAGGAAAGUAGAUUGAGAUACUCCGCCUGCUUUAGUUCUGUACCGGGUGAGGAGUAUUCACUGGUUCUCUGUGGUUAUUAGGAUGCAUUUAGUUCAUAUUUAGACAUACAUGCCAAUUAACAAAUAACAAUUUAAAUGGGCAAUGCUGUAGAGGGCAAUAUGGUAGAAAGAGCAACAGUUCAACAUCAUGCUUUAUAAAAAAAUAUAUAUUUUUUAAAUGAAAAAUCAAGAAAACCAGCAAAAUAUUGAUAUAAAUGUUGAAAUACACAUCCAGGGAAAGGAUACACUGUAGAGGACAUGUAAAUAAAAAAGGUGAAAAAGAGAGAGAAAAUAAACUAAAUAUAAACAAUUAGAAACAGAUGCCAAGCUGCCUAUAGGGUUCUAUAAUGAACAAAGCAGGGUUAAGCACUUCCUGGGGGCAUCUAACUACAACUGCUGGAAAAUGAGACAUCCCAAUUAGAAAGAUACAUCAUUGGCUCUGUUAGUUCACAAUAGGCCAAGGCUGGAGGGCAGUCACGUUCAUAUAUAUAUUGCAAACACUACAAUUACACAUACAUGGCGCAUUAUUAAUACAGCUCUGUAAAAACACAUUAUUUUCAUUUUAUAGGCACUCUUUCAGUUAACAUUACUAUCUGUUAUGACCAGGAUUUUGAAUUAUACAAUCAGGAGGAAUAUUAAUACAUGUAUUUACAGCCAUGCUAUUGUAGCCAAGAAAUAAGUGUUUAUAUUAUAGCUAUCAUUAUUCAAUUUGUGAUGACACUAAACAUACGAAUUUACAGAAAGUGAUUAGUCUUCAUGAUGAAUAGAAGUUUAAAGGAUGGUAGAAUUAACUAUAUACAAAAUAAAUCUUGGAGAACAAAAAAAAAAAAACAGACAUUGGAUUCUAAUGGUUUUUAAAUGUGUUCGGUCUUCAAAGAAGAGAAAACUUAUUUUGUAAAAAAAAAUAUUACAUUAAGAAUAUGUAAAUCUGGCACAGAAGGAAUACUCCAAGCAGCUACUGUAAAAACUGCAACAGUUGUUUAGACAGCACUUUCUACAGUAGGGGUUGGCAACCUUUGGCACUCCAAAUAUUGUUUACUACAUUUCCCCUGAUGCUUUGCCAUGAUGCAUAAUGGGGUAUGCAACCUUCAACAUUCCACAACAGCUGAAAUGCCGAAGCUUGCCUACCCCUGCUCUAUAGAGUGAGAAGCAAUUAAAACAGGGCAUAUGGCACAUUUUUAUUUGACCAUACACAAAAAAAUAAAAUGAUCUCAUUGUCUGUAAGUAAAAUGCAAAUAUAUAUUCUGCCUUGUAAGCAGAGAAUAGUUGUAUCAGAUGCCUGAAUAUUCACUGGUUGUUAUUUACAUACAUGUCACGCAUGUCACAUAAUCGUGUUCAUUGUAUCUCUAAAUUUUUGUCUUAACUUACAACAUAAUCUUCACAAAGAUCUUAUUUAGUUGGAAAGUUGUUGGGUCUUCUUUGGAUUUUGGUGUACAUAUAUGGGACAGGUGUUGGGAUUUCAUACUGUUGUUGAUCUUAUGAGUCCAGCUUGGUUCCUAAUAGAGUAAUGUAACAAUCAUCUUGAUUCCAGCAAGUAUUUUAUGGGAAAUCUCAUUGAUCAACAUUCAACAUAGACUUUCUGGAAACACCUUUGUCAGCAUGCAAUUUAAAAAAAGGAGUAUUAAAAUAGUUAUCUUUAUUGAAGUUCUUUAUCAAUAUUACUACAUUUAGAAAAAAAUUAAAUGCACUAUACGAAAUAUAAAUUAGGAUUUUAUUAUUUAUUAAAUGCUGACUGAGCGGCUUCCAGAGAAUUGUGGAUAUACUAUAACAGCAUAGUUGAAUAGUUAAAGAAGUUUCACAGUGGGGCCAGCUAGUAUCAAUUCUGUUAUUAUAAUAGCAGAGACUUGAGUUCUGGUGGACAUACUGGUGGCUUGUACUGUAAGUACCACUUCUAAAUAAGAGUUAAUUCAUUUGGAUUCCAGUUAUUCUGUUCAUACUGGUUGAGGCCAGUGCACCUAUUCAUCAUGAAUUCACUCUGUUGGAAUAUUAUAAAACCAGAAAGGAACACAACUGAUUCUCUAGGUAAAUCUCCUGAAAAAAAAAAAAAACACACUUUCCAUAUUGUGACUGGUUACAUUAAGUUACUAUAUAAAAACAAAACAAAACAAAACAAUGAUUAAAAAGUCAGCAACCAAAAAUAUUUGAAAUGUUAAGACUUCCCUGUUGGUGAAUUCACAUUUUUGGAAUAUUAUAAAAUAAGAAACAGAUUCAAGUAAUUCCCCAAGUAUAAGGUUUUUGUAAAUCUCCUGCAAAUAUAGAUAAAAUAUACACUUUUACAUAGUGUGACUCGAUGCAUGAAGAUGAACUAUAAAGUCAAAAAGGUCAACCCUACCCCUAACCUUCUUCGAGACUUCGGCAAUUCGGUUCCGCACUUCGGAAAUUUGGCAAUUCGAACUUCGGACAUUCGUAAGCAUCUGAAUUGCAUGAAAUUUGUCCGAAUGUACAUUCGGAACGAAAUGAGUUGCACAUAUCUAUUCAUGAAUUCACUCUGUUGGAAUAUUAUAAAACCAGAAAGGAACACAACUGAUUCUCGAGGUAAAUCUCCUGAAAGUUGGAAAAAAAAGCACUUUCCAUAAUGUGACUGGUUACAUUAAGUUAAUAUAUAAAAACAAAAAAGAAAACAAAGAUUAAAAAGUCAGCAACCAAGAAUAUUUGAAAUGUUAAGACUUUCCUGUUGGUGAAUUCACAUUUUUGGAAUAUUAUAAAAUAAGAAACAGAGAAACAGAUUCAGUAUUUCCCCAGGUAUAAGUUUUUUUGUAAAUCUCCUGCAAAUAUAGAUAAAAUAUACACUUUUCCAUAGUGUGACUGGAUGCAUGAAGUUAAAAUAUAAAAGUAAAAAAGAUUAAGAUUAAAAAGACAGUAAUCAAGACUUUUUGGAAAGUUAAGACUUUCCAUUUGAAUUUAGUAAAGGUUGGAAUGGUUUCACAACACAAAUACGGAAUAUUAGUAAUACAAUAUAUACAGUAAUAAAUUAACCUAGUGCUAGUUUUUUUUAAUGUCCUAUAAUAGUACUAAUAAUAUAUAUAUAUUUAGAUGAAAUAGCUUUGCUUGUUUUUCUUGUGUAAAUAAUGUGAACAAGACAUAGCUGAUUCUAGAACAUUCCUCUCUGAACAAUGCAGAAUAAACUAAAUUCAUUUUUAUUUUCAAUUAAUUCUCAGGAGAAAAAAAAAACAGAACAUCUUGUUCAAGCACAGGGUCUUGUUAUGCUAGUGUUUGGUCAGCAGGUAUUUCCUGAAAAUAUUUUCCUACAUUAUUUUUCUAAAAUGAAAAACGACCACCUUUCUUUUUGUUCCCCUCAGCUAAAGGUUCGUAUGAUGUUGGUGCUUUAAAUGAGGCUGCUUGGCAGAGUGCCCAGAGCCAGUUGCUUCAAUGUGGAAUUUGUGGACGUACAUUCCUGCCAGACAGACUCCUCGUUCACCAGCGGUCCUGUAAACCGAAAAAGCCAAAGUAGCCAGAGUCACAGCCCUGCAUGAUAAUGUCAUAAAGUCACCAAGGGAACAAUAAAGUCUCUGCUUUGUAAGCAUGGCUUAAGGAUAACACGUUAUAUGUUGAGAUUACAUAUGCAGACAUUUGGUCACCAUUUAACUGGUGCAAAGAAUUUACAUUGUGUUGUGAUGUUUGCGUAAGUGUUAAAAUCACUAUUACUUUAAUAAAGAUGUUAAUUUUCAC